GCCGAGUCCGUUUCCUCUUUCCGGCGCUCCAGGUGUCCGCGAGCCCUAGUCCGCCGCUACCCCCGCUCGCCUCACUCGACCCCGGCGGCUGCCCCCGCCCGCCGGACCCAGACCCGGACCGGACCCGCAUUCGGCCCGGUCGUCGCCAGCGCCGCCCCCGACCCUUUUUCGGACCCCGAACAGCAGCCGUUACGAGGCCGCGCGCGCCGCCGUCGCCAUGAACGACGCGAUGUGUGACCGGGCCGUGGGCCUGAACCCCAAGAAGGUGGCGGCCGUGAUCCAGAAGCUGAACAGCGACCCCCUGUUCUCCCUGGCCCAGAACGUGGGCAGCACCCACGACCUGCUGGACGUGUGCCUGCGGCGCUCCACCGUGCAGGACACGCAGCACGUCUUCCAGCACGCCGUGCCGCAGGAGGGCAAGCCCGUCACCAACCAGAAGAACUCGGGGAGAUGCUGGAUCUUUUCAUGUCUGAACGUUAUGAGACUUCCUUUCAUGAAAAAGUUAAAUAUUGAAGAAUUUGAAUUCAGUCAGUCUUAUCUGUUUUUCUGGGACAAGGUUGAACGCUGUUAUUUCUUUUUGAAUGCAUUUGUUGAAACGGCCGAGGAACCCGAGGAUGGAAGACUGGUGCAGUACUUACUUACUAAUCCUGCAAAUGAUGGUGGACAAUGGGAUAUGUUAGUCAAUAUCGUUGAAAAAUAUGGGGUUGUCCCCAAGAAGUGUUUCCCUGAGUCUCAUACAACAGAAGCCUCUAGAAGAAUGAAUGACAUUCUGAAUCACAAGAUGAGAGAAUAUUGUAUACGACUAAGAAAUUUGGUAAAAAGUGGAGCAACAGAAGAAGACAUCUGUUUCACCCAGGACACCAUGAUGGAAGAGGUCUUCCGAGUGGUCAGCAUCUGCUUGGGCACCCCCCCAGACAAAUUCACCUGGGAGUACCGAGACAAGGAUAAGACGUACCAUAAGAUUGGACCCAUCUCACCCUUGGAGUUCUACAGGGAACACGUCAAGCCUUUCUUCAACAUGCAGGACAAGAUCUGUCUGGUGAACGACCCUCGGAGUCAGCAUAAGUACAACAAGCUGUACACUGUGGAAUACUUGAGCAACAUGGUUGGCGGGAGGAAAACCCUGUACAACAACCAGCCCAUUGACUUCUUGAAAAAGAUGGUCGCCACCUCCAUUAAAGAAGGAGAGGCCGUGUGGUUUGGCUGUGAUGUUGGAAAACACUUCAAUGGCAAGCUGGGCAUCAGUGACAUGCACAUCUACGACCAUGAGCUGGUGUUUGGUGUCUCCUUGAAGAACAUGAACAAAGCAGAGAGGUUGACUUUUGGUGAAUCCCUGAUGACCCACGCCAUGACCUUCACGGCCGUCACGGAGGAUGUUCAUGAGGGAGCGUAUGAAAAAUGGAGAGUGGAGAAUUCCUGGGGUGAAGACCAUGGCCACAAAGGCUACCUGUGCAUGACAGACCAGUGGUUCUCUGAGUACGUCUACGAGGUGGUGGUGGACAAGAAGCACGUGCCGGAGGAUGUGCUGGCCGUCCUAAAGCAGGAGCCCAUUGUGCUUCCAGCCUGGGACCCCAUGGGGGCUUUGGCCAAAUGACUGGCCGGCUCUCCAGUUCUCACUUCCUGGAGCACGAAGGGGAGUUCUGGGGACUGAAGCCAAAGUGGAGGAGGCGGCUGUGAUCUUGCCGGGCCCAGUCAGACUGCUGGUCUGCUGAGCCCCUCACUCCAGGAGCCUCUUGGGGAAUUGUGCUUUAUGCUGGACUGUGGAAUCAACACUCUCUAUUUCAGACAGGCUACUCUUUCCAAACGAAUAGACCAGGUCAUACUGUGUCCUCUCCUCCAGCCCUGUCACUCAGGCUCUAGGGAGGGGGGACAGGGGAAUCUUAGCGUUCUAAUCAAACUUUAAAAAAAAAGGAAAACUCCGUAGAGCAGAGAGAACUGUAGGAGACAGGCGGGGGAGGAAGCCGGCUGCUUUUCACCCUUGCCUGCGGUUCUCGGGUUUCAGAAGGGAAAUGUCACCCUAAGCUUUAGCUCCCGGGGCUGCAUGCUGCCUGACUGAGGACGGAGGCUCUGCCAUGUGGGUCGCUGAAUUUCACCUUUGCCAUUUUAGCUUUCUCUGCCUCUGCCGGCAUGGGAUGGGGGUGGGGCCGGGGGCCGCAGGGCCACCGCUUGGGCCCGACUCCCAUGGCUUGGAGCUACAAGGGUGGGGGGAGGGGAGAGGGCACACCACCACUUGCUAAAAUCCAUCCAAGUUCGGGCUCAGGAAGUUGAGAUGAGACAGUGACCAAAAUCAUAUCAUGACCUGAAUUGAAAAAAAAAAAUAGGGGAAAUCUCUAGCCAAAUGGUGUCAUUUUAAACUUCUGCAUCUGGGAGGGGUAGCGGGUGGGGGGACGGGGCUGCAUUCUUUAAGACGACUAGAUGGUGCUGUGAAGCUUUUGAAUAAAACAUUUUCUUAAA